GAAUUAGCGGUUGCUAGGAGUAUGGUGACCGAGCAACCAAACGAGUCCCUGAACUGCAACCUACAGCCUGCGUACAAUGUUCUUAUCCACAACACCACCUCCUCCUCCUUCCCCGCGUUGUCAAACCAGGAACACAGCCAUAACCAUCUCUGCUUCAAGAUGGCGUCGCCUUUCUCUUCCGCAACUCUGGUGCGGUCCACUCUCAAUCCCAAGCCGAACCCUCCGAAAUCCCUCCUCUCUGUCUCAGAGUCUUGCAGCAGAGGAGCCAACUGCGUGAAGUGUGCUUCCAGCACCGUUAAUUUUUCUGGCUGGAGCGCUGCUGCGAACUAUGCCGGACUUCGAGGUGUUGCCGCCGCUGGACUUUCCGGCAAGACUGUCGUCUUAAAACGGUUUCUGCGUAGUAGGGUUGGAGUUGUGAGGUGUGCAACUAUUGAAGAAAUCCAAGCAGAGAAAUCUUCAAUCGAAAAGGAUGUUAAAGGGAGAAUGGAGAAGACAAUUGAGACAGUUCGGUCAAAUUUCAAUUCCAUAAGGACAGGGAGAGCUAACCCUGCCAUGCUAGAUAAGAUUGAGGUGGAAUAUUAUGGAAGCCCUGUUAACUUGAAGAGCAUUGCUCAAAUCAGUACUCCCGAUGCAAGUUCUCUCUUGGUUCAGCCAUAUGACAAAUCCAGCUUAAAGGAUAUAGAGAAAGCCAUAGUCAACUCAGAUCUUGGUUUAACUCCAAAUAAUGACAGUGAAGUCAUAAGGCUGUCUGUACCUCAGCUGACAACUGAAAGAAGGAAGGAAUUGUCAAAAGUUGUUGCCAAACAGGCUGAAGAAGGAAAGGUGGCACUGAGGAACAUAAGAAGAGAUGGCAUAAAAGCCUAUGAAAAACUUGAGAAGGAGAAGAAGCUUUCUGAAGAUAUUGUUAAGGACUUAUCAAGUGAUGUGCAGAAACUAACAGAUGAGUAUAUGAAGAAGAUUGAUAACCUCUACAAGGAGAAAGAGAAGGUAUGCAUGCCUGAAGAAGUUUGCCGUGAUUAUCUGAUUAAUGUUUCUUUAGUGGAUAUAAGAUGGUGACAUAGGAAGAAUAUCUUCAAUUUCAAUUACUGUUAGUUUUGCAUUGUUUCCCUAAGUCUUAGUCUUUUAGUUUGUACAACAUGUUUUUUGCUGUGUGGUCAUCUAUAUGGAAAUGUUUUAAAGAAAUAGAGCGCAUAAAUGUGAGUUUGAGGUGGUUCUCUUAAUCUGGGAGCAGUUACCCUUUCUCCUUUUCAGUUCUGGUGGCAGAUGUAGGCAAUAGGCCCUUCACUGCCUUUUACAUCAAUCAGUGAUUAAACUUUCUUGCUAGUAACUGACAGGAGUAAUGGCAGAUUGCAACCAAGUGCUGUGCUCUGCAGAUUAGAAAAUUUUGCUUUUGAUGGAUAAAAUUGUAUCAGCUCUUAAGUGAUACAACAAUAAAGGUUAACAGUAUUGUAUUCUGUCCAAUCUAUGCAAGAACAUCAUAAUUGGUUUGCUGACCAUCACAUCUGUGCUUGUAAAUUCUAAACUGUUUGUAUACUCGGUUCUUCCUGCAGAUUUCUGAUAUUAUUUUUCUCUUUUGGACUCAAUGCUUCUUGUUGUCAAUUGAUGUUUAACACAUAUCAAUCUUGCCUUUGUCUUUCAGGAGUUGCUGAAGGUCUAAUGGCUGGUUUGUUCAGAGAUGUGAAGACUGAGCUUCCUUCCUGGUACAAAUUCAGUCUUUCCUUUCUUCUUUUUGGUGUGGAGUACAGAAAUUGUGUUGCAUGAUCUAUAUCUAACCUACAAUAUGUGCUUUUGAAGCACGCUUGACAUGGGAAAACUGUAUAAAACAUGAAAAUCAGUAUUUUGUAAAUGAUUGGUAGAAAACAGGCAAUAUUUUCUAGUUA